CUGCUGCAGAAUCCGCAGGCAAUUUCAGAGAACAGAUUGGAGGCACUUUCAUAAAGGAAGAGUUGGGGGCUGUUCUAAGCGGAAAGCCCAUUGGAGGAAGACGACCUCUGUAAGUGGUAUUACAGGUGGAAGAAGGCCCAUCUCUCUCUCUGCUAAUGCCUCAAGCAUCUUUGGAAGUGGAGGCGACAGGAAGGAGGAGAAGCUUUUUCUGCCAGAUGUGGCUGAGCUGAUCCGAGCUGGAGCCUGCCAGAGGGUGGUGGGCAUGGUGGGGGCGGGCAUCAGCACACCCAGCGGGAUCCCGGACUUCAGAUCUCCAGGGAGCGGCCUGUACAGCAACCUGGGGCAGUAUGACAUCCCGUACCCCGAGGCCAUCUUCGAUCUCUCUUUCUUCCACCACAACCCGAAGCCAUUCUUCGCUUUGGCCAGGGAGCUGCACCCCGGGAAGUACAGGCCCAAUGUCACUCACUACUUCUUCCGACUGCUGCAUGACAAGGGGCUGCUUCUGCGGCUGUACACACAGAACAUCGACGGGCUGGAGAGAGUGUCUGGAAUCCCUGCCUCAAAACUGGUUGAAGCGCACGGGUCCUUUGCCUCCGCCACCUGCACUGUCUGCCGGAGACCCUGCCCAGGGAAGGACUUCUGGGCCGACGUGAUGGAGGGCCGGGUGCCCUGCUGCCCGGUCUGCACUGGCAUUGUGAAGCCGGACAUCGUGUUCUUCGGGGAGCUGCUACCCCAGAGGUUCAUGCUGCAUGUCGUUGAUUUCCCCAUGGCAGAUCUGCUGCUCAUCCUUGGGACUUCCCUGGAGGUGGAGCCCUUUGCCAGCUUGUCUGAGGCUGUGGGAAGCUCGGUGCCCCGACUGCUCAUCAACCGGGACCUGGUGGGGCCCUUGGCUUGGCGUCCUCGCCGUAGGGACGUGGUUGAGCUGGGGGAUGUGGUGUGCAGCGUGGAAAAGCUGGUGGAGCUUCUGGGCUGGACGGAGGAGAUCCAGGGGCUCAUGCGGCGGGAAUAAGGGAAGCUCAAUGGAUGAGCAAGAGGGUGAUGGCUGCCCCCGCACCGGAAAUGGUUUCAUGGCGGGGUCACUGCCCAUUUCUGGUGCGAUCGUAUGCCUGGACAGCCUGGGCAGCUUUAUAAACUUCGGGAGAACCACAUGUGCCCCGAGGAAUGGAGCUUGAGGUUGCCACGGGACGUCUGCCCUGUUUCGAGCUCUGCGCUGAUGGAUGGUUGAGUUUAUGCUGAGCCACACUAGCCACCAAGGAGCUGCCUGGCCUACCUUUAUGCUGUUUAGUAUCAGUCUGCUGAAGCUGUUCGUGCCAAAAGCUGCCCUCUGGGGUGACCCUUUUGAACUCAGACUGGCUGGAAUCCCAGAUUGGUUCCACUCUUACUAUGUCCAGACCUCCAGCUGAAGGGCAGGCUCAGCAUUUCUGCCUGUUAGACCGUCAUGGACCACACAGCCUGUCACAUUCUACAGUGUGGUCCUGGGUCCCAAGAAAUGCACUAGGGUCUUCUAGCAUGUUGAUCUCCGUGGUAGAGUUGUUUCUAAUUACAGAAAGUUUGCCCUUCAUUUCUGGCAUGAAAUACACUUUAAAGAUUGA